AUGGAUGAAGUCAUAAAUGUGAAUGAAGCCAUUUCCAUGCUUGGCGCCAAAGUGAUGAAUUUUGGAUCUGCUAGUUCAUCGUUUUCUGGAUUUCCUAAAAAUCUACGCUCUUUGUUCUCCAAGAAUGUAAGAGCUGAUCCGUCUUAUAAUGGUAUUAUCCUUCACGAUUUGACCGCUUUUACUCAAAUGACUUCCCUCACGAUUUUUCCGUAUUCAGGUAUUAUCGACACUUUGAAAUUACCGCCCAAGUUGCUCAAACUUUCGAUUACGUGUGUUAAGUUUCAAGACUUGGAAAGAAUCAGUUUUCCGCCUCGAAUAGUUGACCUCAAGUUAACACAUUGUCAUAUCACUCUGACUAUCGGCUGGCUAGAACCAGUCCGAUUGAAGCGACUCUCACUUGCCCACAAUAAUUUUCGACCUUUUAAAGCUUUUCUUCCUUGCUGUGAAUACUUGAGCUUGGACGACAAUCCUUUAGCGGAACUUGAGAUCGAAGCUCCCGUUAUUAAGCAUAUCAGUUUGUGCGAUACUUUAUUGGCGUCAAUACCGAAACUUCCAGAUAGUCUUCAAGUACUUAUUAUCAGUGGCUAUGACCUAGCACUCACCCAUAUGUCUGAUUUGCCUCCUAGUUUAAAGGUUUUAGACCUCGCGGAUUCUACAGAUGUAGUUCUUGAAGACUACACUUUCCCUCCAUCAAUACAAGAACUCAACCUCGGCCAAAUAGGCUUUUUAAAAAUGAGUGGAGUCAAAUUUGCCAAAGGAUCAAGAUUAAAAGAGUUGAUAUUGGGCGAUUCUGAUUUAUCCACAAUGGACUUCUCUAAAUUAACUACUCUCAACGACAGAAUGAUUGAGCUCCCCUCAGGCUUGAAGGCACUAAAGUUGCAAGGCAUGAACUUGGAAAACAUAGAUGGUUUCACCAUUCCGCAAUCAGUUACAUUUCUAGACUUGAGAGAAAACAAUUUGGAAUCAUUUGAAGUUAAGUCUCAUAUUGAGACACUCUAUCUCAAUGAAAAUCCAAUAAAAUCAAAUUUUACGGUACAUGAGGAUCUGGAGCUAAGAGUUUUUGAUCUUACAGGUAUUGGAAUAACAAUGUUUUCAUUUCAAAUGGUUAAAGCUCCAAAACUCGCCCAACUACGUCUAGGUGCUGAGCUCGAAAAGAUCGAUCUUUCGAAUAUGCCAGUCGAUUUUCAAGUUCUAGAGCAUUAUGAUGGUGGAUCCUGUACAUUGAUACAACCCAAAACGGGGCCCGAAUCAUAUAUCUACAGCAGUUUGCUAUGA